AUGCAGCGAGCGGCUUACGGGGAAGCGCCUGCCAGGACCUAUUCUGGGACUGAUGGCAGGGGGCCUGCUCGUUGGCCCACAGAGGCCACUGCGGCGCUGCUGAAUGCAACCAAGCUAGGCCUGCGCGAGCAGGGGGAGGAGCUCUCGUCCGAUGACGACGAGCUCCCUCGCUGGAAUGUCGGCAAGCGAUCAGGGGGACCGGGGGCAGGAAGGGGACAGAUAGACAGGGCCGCGAGCGGGACGCUCCCGCAGAGGCAGCCGGAGCCGCCUGCACCGCGCAUGUGGCCGGUGACGCUCCCGACCCUGCCGCUGCGCGGCGCAUCGGCGCCGGGCAGAGGCCGCGGCGGCCCCCCGGCGCCCCCCAGGGCUUGGGGGGUGCCCCCAGCCGGCUACACUGGCACUUAUGCUCCGGACGCCAGUGCACGCCCAGGGGCCUCACCGCCUGGCGGCCCUCUCAAUCUGGAGGCUGGGGACAUUCAGAGGGGAUGGGUCAGCAGGACGCCGGUGAGCCCGCCGAUGGCGGAGGCGGCGGCGGCAGUGGCGGCGCAGUCAAGCGCUAGCGGUCUGGUGCAUGUGCCCAUCAUCUGCAACGGCAACCGCGGCCGCUUCCUGCUGGAGCACCAGUCCUGCAUCUGCCACUGCAAGCUGUGCGCGCAGCGCGCCCAGCGCUCAGCCGUCCCCUACCACGAGAUGACCCCCACAGAGUUUGAGCGCCACUCCGGCAUGGCGGCGUCCAAGAAGUGGAAGUACACGCUGCGCGUGGACAAGCCAGAGGCCAAGAGCUGCACUCUGGGCGCCUACCUGGACCAGCUGGGCGUGCUGGAGAAGUCUGGCAGGAGCGGCAGCGGGCGCUUCAUCCAGGCAGCGGCGUCGGCCGUGGCGGCAGCCGCCGCCAACACGGGGUCCAUUCAGCCGCUGCAGCAGCCGGUGCCGGGGCCGCCAGAGCCGGAGGACGGCGAGAGCACGCCCGAGCCCGACAAUGACCCCGGGCAGGGCGGCGGGCCAGGGUAUCUGGCGGACUCCGUUACGGAUCCGAUCCAUCAGGCUCUGGCAGAGGCAGAGGAUAGAUAUGGGGAUGCUCAGGAUGACGACGGUGAUGCGGCGGCAGCGGCGGCGGCCGCGCUGGUGGGAGCGCAGAGGGAAGCCAAGGCGGCGACGGCGCGGCCGCUGCAGAAAGAGAGCCGGCCCCGGGGCCGGCCGCGUGGGGGCGGACGCCGCGGCCGGGGCCGCGGGCGCGGGCGUGGCAGCAACAGGAGCCGCUCUAUCACCCCCGAGGGCCUCACCCCUGAGCCCGGAUACGGAGACGGAGAUAAUGGGCAGGUGGAAACGCCCCCGGAGCUGGGCGCGGUGGACGCUGUCCUCAACCUGUCCAGGGACAAGUGGCUCAAGCCCUCCCCAGCCUACAACAGGCAAAACCGCAAGCCGGCAAUCCGGGAGGGCCCACAGUACCAGGCGGUGGUGCCGCAGGGCCCCCCGCGGCCGCGGCCGACCGGCAGCGAAGAGGACGACCCGCGCUCCGGCACGCGCGGCCCCACGCCCGAGGAGAUGCGCGCCAUAGCGGCCGGCGCCGAGGUCGACGCCGCCAACGCGCUGCCGCCCGACGCGCGCACCGACAACGACUCCAUCGUCAACGUCAACGGCAAGACGGUGCUGCUGCAGCGGGGGCAGCGUGCGCGCAAGAGGCCGGUGUGGCUGGCCAACACAGUGGACCCGCACCUGGCCGACCCCAACCGCCUGAACCGCCCCCAACAGCGCCCCUUCUCACCCCUCCGCUACAACGGCGUGGAGUCAAGCGAGCUGGAGAGCCAGCAGUACGGCAGCGACACGAGCGGAGCCAACAACGGUGCAGCUCCCCACCGCCGCAAGCGCAACGUGGCCGCCGCUGACUUUUACGGCGGCGGCUAUCACAACGCAGCCUACGCGGCAGCCGAUGACUCUCUGCCGGUGCCCAAACGCGUGCGCACGACUCAGCGCGAUGCCGGCGCCACCUGGCGCCCGGCCGGCUCCGCCGCUGAAGCCAGCCCCAGCCCCAGGCAAGCACCUUUGCAAGGGUGCGUGCUGGGCUGCAGGACGGAGGCUGGCCCAGAGGUGCUGAGCUGGCAGCUGUUGGAGCCCCAACUGCUGUUCAUCCUUGUCAACUACCAGGAUUACCAGUUUGCGGGCACCCUCAUGCUGGAAGCCAGGGAUCACCGCGACGCAAAUCAGGCGGAUCUGUCGGCUCCGGCGCUGCCGGGCGCGCUGAUGGAAGUGGACGAGUCACACCCGGGGGGCCUGUGGGCCGAAGACGAGGCGCAGGGCCUGGGAGCAUCCACUGCUCCCAGCAAUAUCACGGCCCCGGAGACAGAGAUCGAAGGCGUCGCCGCUGCGGAGGCGGCCGCCCGAGCGCCAGCCGGGCCGGCCUCUGUUGCCGCACACCCUGCCGAGGAGGAUGGUGGCGAAGUGCAGAGCCACACGGAGGUGGUGACGCCGGCAGAGGGGGACAAGAAGGAGGAGAAGGUGAAGGGCAACCCCGCACGCCGCGCCGCAGCCGCCGCCGAGUACCUGCGCCUGGCGCGGUCUGGAGCGCCACCCGGCACCAGGUGCGCGUUGUGCCACAAGGAGCAGGAGGCGAAUGAGUUUGGGGAGGUGAGUCUGCAGCGCGGCCUCGGCCUCACCCCGGACGCUGCUACCAACCGUGGCCUCGGCCCCCUGCUGCUUGUCAAGGUGUCCGCCAUCGCCAACGCCUGGGUGCACUCCCAGUGCGCCGUCUGGUCCCCCGAGGUGUACGAGUCAUCUGAGGGCAAGCUGGAACAGGUGGGCCUGGCGGUGAGGCGGGGGCGCAUGAUCAAGUGCCGCUUCUGCGGCCACCGCGGCGCCACUCUGGGCUGCCACAUCCGCUCCUGCCGCACCUCCUUUCACCUCCCUUGCGCCCGCUACAAUGGCUCCCGCCUUGACGGCAAUGGGCGGGUGACAUGCCCGCUGCAUGUGCAUCUGGUGGAGAGCGAGCCCAUUAUCCCAGUGCCAGAGCCCGAGCACUACGAUGACGAAACCGACGACGGCGGCGGCGGCGGCGGCCGGCAUGGCCAUGGCAAUGACCGCGAUGCCCCCAGCGAAGAAACCCACUUGGAUGGGGAUGAUGGCGGGGGUGACGUGGCUGCGGGCGGCCGCGGUCAGAGCAACGGCGGCCAGGGUGGCUCGCGGCAGCGCGGCGCAUCCCAAGGGCCCCAAGGCCGGCAGCGCGCCGUGGCAGCCUCCCCCGAGGAUGACGAGGAGUUCUCUGAUGAGGAAGAGGAGGAAAUCGAUGACGAUGACAACCAGUAUGCAGAGGCGGCGGGCGGCGCAGCCAAGCGCCGGAGGGUCAUCGCCCGCAGAUACCAAGGCUACAUCACUGAACCCCCGAAUGUGCGGCCGUCCGGGCGCGCGAUGCCGCGGCCGCCGGGGACGGCGCGCGAGCGCUACGAGACGCUGCUGGCAGACGCAGACAACGUCAGCCGCGCCGAGUUCUCGCGCUUUGGCGGCACCGUCGGCCGCUCCAUGUUCCGGCCGGGGCGGUGUGCGGUGUGCGUGGAGCAGCGCAAGGGCAAGUGCGGCACCAACUCCGCGCCCAAGCGCUGCCUGCGCCGCCAGCACAACGCGUUGCAGCUGCGCGCCGGCCGCCGCCCGGUCGGCCGCCCGCGCCGCGUCGUGGACCCCCCUGCGCCGACUUUCCCCCCCGAGCGUGCUGGCAACCCCUGGCUGGUCGUCAUGGGAGCUUCUGGGGCUGCGCUGAGGGCCCCUGUGGAGCCCAAUCUGCCGCACCAGCCGACAUUCAAACCUCCUCCCUGCCUGGAGCCCGGCCUAUCCCAGGCGCGGCGCGCCAGCGCAAGCGGCAACCAGGCGGCGCCGGCCGAGCGCCCCGGGAUGAGCAGGGCGGCCCGCAGCCCCGGCGAUCCGGCUCCGGCAAACCCGCCUACUGUGCGGCUGGCGCCUAACCAGCUGCACAGGUCGCAAGGCCAGCUUAGGCCCAACAUGGCGACGAUGACGCCGCAGGAGAAAGCCGCUCACCUUGCGCGUGGCAAGCGGAGGGAUCGCAUCCUCUGGCUGGAAUUCAAAGCUGCUCGCGAUGAAGGCCGGGAGUGGGACCCUUUCUCGAUCGACGUCAACGACCCCAAGUACGAUCAGCCACCAUUCACGAAGCAGCCGGCACCGCAGCGGAAGCGACAGCGGGAGGCGCAGCCGCAGCCUGCAUCCACGCAGAGGCCGGCGCCGCCUGUGGCCCGGCCAGGACUGACGCCCGGUGAGGCGCCGCCGGCACGGAGGGCGCCGCUGCCGGCGCCUGCUCCUGCCGGCUCAGGCUUGCAGCCCAGCGCGGCGGCUGCAGCGUCAGUGGUAAGCAAGGCUGACAGGGCCAUCGCAAACAUCUUGAGCGGCCCCAGGGUGCAGCAGCAGCCGCGGGCCACGCCGCAGCCUGCAUCGACGCCGCAGCCCGCUCUGUCCAAGGCUCAGCCAGCCACUACCCCGCAGGCAGCUCGACGGCCGCCGCUGCCUGCACCGGGAGCGAUCAGGGCGGCAGCCGCAGCAAAGGAUGCAAACAUAAGCGCCACUGACAGGUUCCAGGCCUCGAUUGCAGAGAUGCCCGUUGCGUGGGUGGGUCCGACGCAGGCCCCACGGCAGCCCAUCCCCAGGCCCGCUGCUUGCAGCGAUGAGUCAGAGAGGACUAUCAGCGAGACGCUGGCGGCAACAUCGGCAGAUGCGGCGAAGGAGAUGGCUGGCGAGCCGGUCACGAGCAAGCCCGGGAGACAGCUUGCCGCCACCGCCGAGAAGCGCGAUUCAUGGGUGGGUCUGACACAGGCCCCGCUGCAGCGCAUUUCCAGGCCUGCCCCCCACAGCAACAAGCCAGACAGGACUGCUACUGAGACGCCGGCGGCACCGGCGGUACCGCCGCCGGAUGCGGCGCAGGCAGCAACCGGCAAGCAGGCCGCGAGCAAGCCAGAGAAACAGCAGGCUCCCGCCGAGAAGCGGGAUUCGUGGGCGGGUCUGACACAGGCCCCACGGCAGCGCAUUUCCAGGCCCGCUGCACGCAGCGACGAGCCAGACAGGACUGCCAGCGAGACGCCGGUGGCACCAGCGCCGGAUGCGGCGCAGAUGGCGGCCGGCAAGCAGGCCACGAGCAUGCCAGACAGAAAGCAGGCCGCCACUGCCGAGAAGCGCGACCCGUGGGCGGGCCUGAAGGCGCACGCGCCAGAGCCGAUUUCGAGGGAGGCUGUGCGCAAUUUCAGACAGCGAGUCGGUGUGGACCCGCCUGAUCCGCCGGCGCCGGGAGCGGCCAGGGCGGCUGCCGCUGCCAAGGAAGCAAACAUGAGCGCCAACGACAAUGUCCGAGCCUCGCACAUGGAGACGCCAGAUUCGUGGGCGGGCUUGCGUGCGGCCACCCCAGAGAGGCUGACGCGGUUGAGGCCCAGUCCUGCCAGGGCCCAGCCCGACACUUCCGCGAGCGACGUGCCGGCGGCUCGCCGGGCGCCGCCGCAGGACGCGGCCACAUUCGCAGCGCAAGCCAGGGCGGUGGCCGCGGGUGCGCCAAUCAGCGAGAUUGACAAGUCCCGCCACGCGGCCAUCACAACAUUUGCCGACGAGUGGCGCGCCAUGGCGACCGCGGCGCGCGCCAAGGCAGCCGGCAGCCCGCGCCGCGAGCCAGCCGGGCCGGCCCCGGCCGCGCAGCCGCCGAUCCUGGGGAUGACGCCGCUGCCGGAGCGCGCAAAUCUGCGGCCGAUGGUCACCACGAUGCCACCGCAGCGCCAGAGCAACCGGCCCAUGGUGACCACUCUGCCUGCGCGGUACCGGACGCCUGCACAUGCAGCCACCACCGUGACCACCAUGCGCCACAGCUCCUCCGGGACCUCCCUGCCCAUUGUCGCGCGGCAGCCACCCGCCACGCCGCCGGCCGCAGACGCUGCGCAUGGUAGUCAGUCCGGCGCGGGUGCCUCCGCGCCAGCCCAACUUUCGCAGCAUUCCGCAGACAAGGCAUCUGAGUCACAGGGCACAGCCUCCGACAAGCAGGCAGCAGAGGAUGCGGGAGAGGCGCGCGGCGAAGAUUCUGCUCAUGCCUGGCACCUGGCUCGGUCCCCAAGCAAAGGUGCAGCUGUGGUGGCCUGA